GGGGCCAACAUUAUUGUCAAUUUUGAAUCCUUUCAUUUAGAAAUGUCAACAGACUGUACGAAAGUCUAUGAUGGUGAUAGUGAAGUAUCAAGAUUGGUAGCCAAGUAUUGUGGUAAAGAUUUACCAUCUAGUGUUAUAGCUACAGUCAAUAAAAUGUUCAUCAAGUUUCAUUCCGAUCGGAGUGUCCGAGGCAAAGACAUCAUAUUACAGUAUCUUCAAAUGACACCAGGUAAGGCAAGUUUAGAUCUUUCUUAG